AGGACUCCCUGCCUACGACGAACACAGCCAUGCGCUUGCUUCCAUCGCCGUCCUCAUCGAGCCCGGACUCGCCGCAGCCGCUACCGCAGCACGGGGAGAUGCCUGAUCAGCACGACCACGACCUCGAAGACCCUGAGCUGGACGACGACCCGGCGUCGAGCAAGUCCGCAAAGCGACGCAGGACCGGUCUUAAGCGCAGAAUAGGCCUCAAGCGUAGCCGGCUUGGUUGCCUACAGUGUCGACGGAGGAGAAAGAAAUGCAGCUACGAGAAACCUGUCUGCUCGAGCUGUCUCGAUCGCGCCUGGGACUGCACAUACCCGGCUCCUACCGACGAACACUCUCAAAAGUCGGUAUCGCCUUCUCCAAUCUCGACCGCCAGUCCCGAGUCCAGUCAUAUCGGCAUCGUCAGUCACAAUAAUAACAGCAGCAGCAACAACAACGACAGUACAAACUCCCUCGACCUCUUCAGUUCCGUACUCAGCGACGAUGGCAGCGAGCCACACAUGUUUGACGAGGUUGUCUCCCCCAACGUCUCUUCUCUUCUCACACUCGCGUCCUCUGCCGCGGUUUCUGCGAUGCACACCCCGCCGCAGCAGCAACAGCCACAGCUCCCCGAGAUCAGUAUGCCGAGCACGCCGAUGAACAACCUCGAUGGGUUUGACCCGCUCUCGAUCCUGAGCUUUACGCGCGAGCAGAAAGAGCUCGUGUAUCAUUUCACGGUUUCGAUAUCGUCGGUGAUCUCUUACUACAAGCAAGAGGGACCAUUUCGGCGGCUGAUUCUUUCGCUUCUGAUCCCGGUCUCGACUUCUGGGUCUGCGUCGGCGCCUAUGACUGGUCCCCUGCUAUCAUCAUUAUGCGCGCUUGCAUCCGCGCACAAGAACUAUGCUCUUGGCUUGGCUCAUUCUGAUCAGCAGCUGAGCUAUCAUACUGGUGCACUUGAGAAUCUCAUCACACUUCUAGAGAAUCUGCCGACUCGGUUAGAAGAUGAAAACACGCAGAACGUGCUUCUGUCUUCGAUCCUGAUUCUGGUCUACUACGAGAUUGCAAAGGGAGGAUACAUUGACUCGAUCAGCAUGCAUCUGAAUGGUGCAUACCGAAUCAUCACCAGUUUCCUCAACCACGUCAUCUUCAAACUGCAGGCAUCUAGUGGAUCGGGGCAAGGCACAUACCAGGUUUCUAAAGAGACUAUAUUCUUGUUUCGCAUCUUCCAGUACUUUGACGUCAUUUGUUCGCUUUCUAAACGAGACCUCAUGCUCGACCGUACCCUCCAACUCGAGCAUUUCCUGUCUACUUACUCUAGACUGAAGACGACAUCAAACAUCGACGGCGACGGUGUCGAUCCAGUCAUAGGGCUUGCAGAAGAUCUGUGGCCGCUCAUAGUUCGGUUAUGCAUUCUCUGCAACGACUCUGACUUUGGCAAGUCGAUGACCCCGGAUCUGAUGUGUCGCGCAAGUCUACUCGAGCUCGAGCUUUCAUCAUGGCAGGUACCGACGCAAGCCAGUGCUGGUGCUUCUCCGCACGACCUCGCGAUGCAGGCCGCGGCGAAAGUAUACCAACUUGCAGCCCAGAUCUAUCUCUUGCGAACAUUCUUCCCCGCCGAGAACGCAGCUGAUACGAUACAAGGCCACGUGCGCUCUGCGCUUGAUCAGCUUGCUCGCGUGUGUACUUUAGAAGGCAACAUGGCGGCGCUGCUGUGGCCGGUCAGCGUGGUUGCGAACGAGUGCGUGGACUCGAUCGACCGCGGGUUUGUCAAGGUUGUGUUUCAGAAGCUGGGGAAGCGGCAGGGCAUGGCCAACGUCAUGCGCGGGCUGCACUCGGUUGAGGCGUCGUGGCGGGGGGUCGAGGACCGGGAGGUUGUUAUGUUUGGAUAGUGUGUGUAUUCUGGAUAGUGUAUGUAUUCUAGGGAGUCAGGAGUUUGUUUAGUAAGCCAUUACUUAAUACAAUGCAGCUUAAUUAAA